CAGCAGCAGAAUCUCCGGCUGUCAGACCUGCACAAGAAGUCUCAGCUGUGGAGGGGCAUCGUGAGCAUCAGGCUCAUCGAGGGUCGUAACCUCAUCCCCAUGGACCAGAACGGCCUGAGUGACCCCUACGUCAAGUUCAAACUAGGCCCUCAGAAGUACAAGAGCAAGACAAUUCCCAAGACCCUGAACCCCCAGUGGAGGGAGCAGUUCGACUUGCAUCUGUAUGACGAGGAGGGAGGCAUUCUGGACAUCUCCGUUUGGGAUAAAGACAUUGGACGGAGAGACGACUUCAUCGGCCAGUGUCAGCUGGACCUGUCCAGCUUGAGCAGAGAGAAGACACAUAAGCUGGAGCUGGAUCUGGAGGAGGAUAAAGGUACACUGGUGCUGCUGGUGACUCUGACCGCCACGGUCGCGGUCUCCAUCUCUGACCUGUCCGUCAACCUGCUGGACGACCCAGAGGAACGCCAGCAGAUCAUUAGGAGAUAUAGUCCAUUAAGGUCGUUCUUUAAGCUGAAGGAUGUCGGAGUCGUGCAGGUGAAGAUCCUGCGGGCCGAGGGGCUGAUGGCUGCUGAUGUCACAGGUAAAAGCAUAUGUCACUUCCUGUAUUUAUUUGUGCCCAGUGGAACGAUAACCAGGAUUCUUGCUUACUUGACAAACCUGAAGUUAUCAG